AUGACACAGGCCCGGGACCAAGACGCCACAGAGGCGUUCUUUUUGCGUAACAUCCCUGCGAAGUGCAAUGCGGAAACCUUGCGCAACUUCCUCGAGUCAAAGGGUUUGACAAACUUCCAGAUGGACAUGGCUCUGUUUCCGAACGGCAAGUCGCGGGGCUAUGCAGUGAUCCGGGUCCGCGCCAGGUUCGCAGUGCAAAACGUUGUCGACAACAUCCACGGCCAAUUUAUUCCUGGCUUUCACAAACCAGCUCCACUCUGCUGGGAGCCGUUGAUGGACAGAGGGCCGCCGAGAUGUGCUCAGUCCCCAAACUUCGUGCCGGCAGAAAGGCCGCAACCGUUGCCACUCGGGGCCUGUGGUCACUCGUAUGAGUUUCGUGGCCACAACAUCCUGGGCAAGGAGGGCACCUUCAAGGCACCAAAGGUACAGGCAGUGGCAUCUUUGGCAACCACGGGGACAGGUGUUCCCAAGAGCGAGCCUGGACGUCAACUUCAUACCCUUUGCAGUCUCGCAGACGGCACGGACACAGCUUUCGCUUUGCCGAGUCAGAUGGCACCGAUCGAGGCCACCAUGGCAGGUAGGCAGGCAUGUCUGGUCUUGAGACACGAGCCAGCUUGUACAAUAAUGCUUAGCGCUGAGGGGAAGAUACAUUACUGUCUGUAG